GGAGCAAAACAAGUGUGUUUUACAUGAGCUGUGCUGCUGCAGUCGUGGUGGAAUCCAGUUUACCGAAAUGGCGGAGACAGCAGACAGAAUGGAGGUGUCCCAGGGAGAGAGUUCAGCAAAACCUGCAGCAGAAGACAUGACCUCCAAAGACUACUACUUUGAUUCCUAUGCACACUUUGGUAUUCAUGAGGAGAUGCUAAAGGAUGAAGUUCGUACUCUGACGUACAGAAACUCCAUGUUCCACAACAAGCAUCUCUUCAAGGAUAAGGUGGUGCUGGAUGUGGGAAGUGGAACUGGCAUCCUUUGUAUGUUUGCAGCCAAAGCUGGAGCCAAGAAAGUUAUUGGGAUUGAGUGCAGCAGUAUAUCAGACUAUGCUGUGAAGAUUGUGAAGGCCAACAAGUUGGAUCAUAUCGUUACCAUCAUUAAAGGCAAAGUGGAAGAGGUUGAGCUUCCUGUGGAAAAUGUAGACAUAAUCAUCUCUGAGUGGAUGGGCUACUGUCUCUUCUACGAAUCCAUGCUUAACACUGUCAUUUAUGCAAGAGACAAAUGGCUGAAACCUGAUGGCCUGAUUUUCCCUGACAGAGCCACACUCUAUGUCACUGCUAUUGAGGACCGACAGUACAAGGACUACAAAAUUCACUGGUGGGAGAACGUUUAUGGCUUUGAUAUGUCCUGUAUCAAGGAAGUGGCCAUUAAGGAGCCACUAGUGGAUGUUGUUGACCCCAAACAGCUCGUUAGUACUGCCUGCCUCAUUAAGGAGGUGGACAUCUACACAGUGAAGAUUGAGGACCUGUCCUUCACGUCACCUUUCUGCCUGCAGGUGAAAAGGAAUGACUACAUUCAUGCGCUGGUAACCUACUUUAACAUAGAGUUCACUCGCUGCCACAAAAGGACAGGCUUCUCUACUAGCCCAGAGUCUCCUUACACUCAUUGGAAGCAGACUGUGUUCUACCUUGAUGACUAUCUGACGGUUAAGACCGGAGAGGAGAUCUUUGGCACCAUCAACAUGAAACCCAACGUCAAGAAUAAUGUAAGCCCCCACCUGCACUUAAUAUUCUAAAAUCGCACUUAGAAU